UUGCUUCACAGGACCACUUUCUUCAAGCGUCCUUCUAGUGGCUCUAAAAUGUCUGGCCGCGGUAAGGGAGGAAAGGGUCUUGGCAAAGGUGGUGCUAAGCGCCAUCGCAAGGUCCUGCGCGACAACAUCCAGGGGAUCACUAAGCCCGCCAUCCGCCGCCUGGCCCGCCGUGGUGGUGUCAAGCGCAUUUCUGGCCUUAUUUAUGAGGAGACUCGCGGCGUGCUCAAGGUCUUCCUGGAGAACGUAAUCCGUGACGCGGUCACUUACACGGAGCACGCUAAGCGCAAGACGGUCACCGCCAUGGACGUGGUCUACGCGCUCAAGCGCCAGGGACGCACGCUCUACGGCUUCGGCGGCUAAGUCUCGUCAGUUUCCUAACAACAUCAACCAAAGGCCCUUUUCAGGGCCGCCCACCUUUUCCUUUAAAAGAGCUAACAUUUUUGAUCCCUAUUUGUGUUGCAUAAAUCUUACGGUUUAGCAGGCUUGACUAUACAUUUGCCUGAGCUCGAGGUUUCCCUCCGGUUUGAACUUGAGUUCUGGGUCUCCUGCGUGUUGCCCUCCAACGAGCCGAACCUCUUCUUGCUGACCGCACGAAUCUGCUCCGCGUUGCUGCAAUCAAGAUGGCGUCUGGAGGAGGCGGGGUGGCGGGAGAACAAAGCUGCGUUUUCCCGCCGACUUUUCCGGGUCUGUGGCUCUGUCCUGUGUUUAGACUGACUUUGGGGAGACCGUGGGGAGUGUUGCCGAGGCUUCCCCGGUACCGAGGAUCAGGUAACUUCUGUUAAAAAGUUGGAGCAUUGUAAAAGCAAUGAAAGGUUUUAAUGAGGUGGUGUUAACAGGUUUUAAAAAGUACUCGUAUGAGCAAUGCAGUUGACUCAAGUAUUGUACUUUGUGAACCGUCCAUUUUAUACAGCGAAUGUCACUGGUUUGGCUUAGAGAUCCACUCCUCUCCUUCCCUUUCUUGACAUUAAUGUGCUAUAGAAGAAAACCUGCUUUGUUUUCCUUGUUUAGUCAAACAGCCCGAUAUGCUUAUCAGAAAUGGUUUAUACUUGAUGUUUACAUCCUGUGGCACCAUGUCGUGGUGCAUGGUAUUUGGCUUAUCCGAAUUUAGUAUGAUGCUCUAUUUCUGGCUUAGUGAUGGUUCCAUUGUAAAAUCAACCUUUUCCCUGUGGCCAACAAGUAAUCUGUAGAGUGAUACAUUGAUAUUAGAAGUACUAAUAAAGUUAUUUUAAAUUUCA